AUGCUCUGCGCAGAAGGUGGAAAGUCUUUAAUUAAAUUCAACCACUGUGAGAAAUCCAUCUACAGCUUCAGUGUGCCUCAGUGCUGCCCCCUGUGCCACCAGGAUGUGGGCUCAAGGAAGCUGGAGGAAGCGCCUGUGAGCAUCUCUAACCCAUUUACGAACGGGCAUCAAGAAAAGUGUUCAUUCCUCCUCAGACCAACUCGGGGGACGUUUCUUAGGGAGUAUGAUGGAAGGUCUGAUCUUCACGUUGGAAUAACUAACACAAAGGGAGUUGUGUAUAACUACAAUGUUCAUGGUGUCCAACGAGAUGAAGCAGGGUGGCAGCAGAGCAUAAGUAUCCCAUUACUGCAGCCCAACAUGUUUGGACUCAUGGACCAAUGGGACAGGUACCUGGAAGACUUCUCCACCACAGGGACCUGGCUGCCUCACAGGUAUGAGGAAGACCACCACAACUGCUACAGCUACACCCUCACCUUCAUCAACUGCAUUCUGACCAUGGAAGGCAGAGAGCAGCUGGACAAAAGUGAGUUCACAGAGAAAUAUGUGGUCCCGAGGACAAGGCUGGCUUCCAAGUACAUCACACUCUAUCGGGCAAUAGAAGAGCAGGGCUUCUAUGUGACUGACCGUCCUGACCGAGAGACAGGCCCUCCUUGA